AUGAACUGGGCAGACGAGUUCGACGAGCCCGUAGAUGGCGAUGCUCCCCGUAUUGAGGAGCGUGACGAAGGCAACGGUGUCAAGGUUGUCAUCGAGUACCGAACCAACCCCGACGGCAAGAAGAUCAAGAUCACCCGAAGGGUCAAGAGGACCCUCGUAAAGACAAAGGUCAACCACGAAGUCGCCGAACGCAAGACUUGGACCAAGUUUGGCCAGGAGAAGGGCAAGGUCGCCGGUCCUCACUCUGCCACCACCACCAUCGGCGAGAAUGUUGUCCUUAAGAUGUCUGCAGGCAACAAGACCGCCGAGCCCGAGGUCGACGACAUGGACAAGAUCAAGCAGCAGCUCGCCAACAAGCGUAUCGUCUGCCGACUCUGCAAGGGAGACCACUUCACCACAAAAUGUCCCUACAAGGACACGCUCGAGGCCAUUCCAGGUGCUGGUGCCGACACUCCCGAAGGCGCUGAUGGUUCCAUGACGCCUCUUGCUGCAAUGGACCCCACCAACCCCGCCGUCGCUGCGAGUGCAGGUGGCAAGUACGUUCCUCCCAGCAUGCGCAGUGGCGCAAAGGGUCCCGGCGAGAAGAUGGGCGGCCUCGGAGGCAUGUCCAGAGACGACUUGCCUACGCUGCGUGUCACCAACCUUAGCGAAGACGCCGACGACGACGAUCUCAGGGAGCUCUUCAUGCGCUUCGGCCGCGUCGUGCGUGUAUACGUCGGCCGCGACCGCGAGACGGGCAUCUGCAAGGGUUACGCUUUCGUCAGCUUCGAGAACAGGGAGGAUGCCGACCGCGCAAGGCAAAAGGUCGACGGUCGUGGUUACGACAACCUCAUUCUCAGCUGUCAGUGGUCGCUCCCUCGUGGAGAGCGCCCUUGA